AUGGAUUGGUUAUCCGCCUAUGGUACAAAUGUAAUGUGCGUGGAAAAGCAAAUCCUACUUAGGACUAAGGAUGGGGCAGAGUUCACUUACAAGAGCAAGCGGACAAAGAUAGCCAUAUCCGCUCUCCAACCAUGGAAAUUGCUCGAUGAUGGAUGCCACGGGUAUUUGGCCACAGUAAUAGAUACUGAGGCAAAGACCAAACCAUUGGUAGAGUUAGAAGUUGUUACGGAGGUCCCCAACAUGUUCCCGGAUGACUUGACCCAACUACCACCGGACUGGGAAACAGAGUUUGGGAUUGAUUUAAUUCCCAGAGCUGCCCUUGUGUCCAAGCCACCACACAAGAUGGCACCCAUGGAGUUAAAAGAAUUACAAAUUCAACUGCAAGAUUUUUUGAAGAAAGGGCACAUUCGGCCGAGCGUAUCGGAGAGCACGUAUGCUCUUUGUGAAAAAGAAAGAUGGAAGUAUGUGCAUGUGCAUCAACUAUCAAGAGUUGAAUAA